CACUCACACACACUGUGAGGUUCACACACACACUCACAGUUUAAGUGUCAGAGAGCUGCUUAUGAAGAUGAAGGAGCUGCUCCUCUUCCUCUCCUGUGUCCUCUGUGUCUCUGCUGACCCUCUGCACAGUGACAUUGCUAUCGGUGGCUGUUCAGAGUCUGAUGGAGAGAACAUGUAUGGACUGGAUGGUGAAGAGAUUGCCUACGCAGACUUCAACAAACAGGAGUUUAUCUACCCUCAGCCUCCUUUUAUUGAUCCUAUAACUGUACCAGGAGGUUAUGAAUCAUCUGUGGCUUUUCAACAUAGCUGUAGAGAGAACAUGAAGCUUUUUGGUAAAGGCAUGAAGGACUACCCUCCAGAACAGGAUGCUCCUUCAGCUGUGAUGAUCUACACCAGAGAUGAGGUGGAGUUUGGAGAGAAGAACACUCUGAUCUGUCAUGUGACUGGUUUCUAUCCUGCUCCUGUCAACGUCUCCUGGACCAAGAACGAGCAGAAGGUCACACAAGGAUCCACCAUCAAUGUUCCCUAUCCUAACAAAGAUGGGACCUUCACCCAGAUCUCCAGACUGCAGUUCACCCCACAGCAGGGAGACAUCUACAGCUGUGCAGUGCAACAUCUGGCCCUGACACAACCACUGACCAAAAUCUAUGAGGUGGAGGCGUCCGCUCACUCUGAUCCAGGUGUUGGACCCUCUGUGUUCUGUGGAGUGGGUUUGACUCUCGGUCUGGUCGGUGUGGCUGCUGGAACCUUCUUCCUCGUCAAAGGAAACGAGUGCAGCUGAUUGGCUCACGGUGAUGAUGUCAUCAUGGUUCUACAAUGAGCUCAUAAUCAGUGUGUGUUAUUGUUGUGUGUGCAGAGUUCACCUGUAAUGAACAUCGGAUUCCUGUCUACCUGUCUCAGCUGCUUUAGGUUAAUCUCCUGUAUGAGCUGUUCUGUCAUCAUCUGUGUCAAUAAGGUUUAACUCUGGGAUUCAAAGCAAACUAAAGCUCCCUCGUCACAGUGAGUAUCUCCACCAUUCAUCCAGCAGAUUCUACCUGGAACCUUCUUCUGCCACAAAAACAAAGGAGACAAAAGUCAAAUUAAUGAGACUGAGAUCAGUUUUAUCUGAACUCAGUGUCAGGUGACCUCAGUGUGUUCAUAAACUUGUUCAUCA